AUGAUGUGUGAGGUGAUGCCCACCAUCAGCGAGGACACGGCCUUGAGCCAGCGCGGCUCCCAGAGCAGCGCGUCCGACCCAGACUCGCACUUCGAGCAGCUGAUGGUCAACAUGCUGGACGAGCGCGACCGGCUGCUGGACACGCUCCGCGAGACGCAGGAGAGCCUGGGCCUGUCCCAGCAGCACCUGCAGGACGUCAUCUACGACCGCGACGCGCUCCAGCGCCAACUCAGCUCCGCACUGCCACAGGAGUUUGCUGCCCUGACCAAGGAGCUGAACGCUUGCAGAGAAAAUCUACUGGAGAAGGAGGAGGAGAUCUCGGAGCUGAAGGCCGAAAGGAACAACACAAGGCUGCUCCUGGAGCACCUGGAGUGUCUGGUGUCGCGACACGAGCGCUCCCUGCGCAUGACCGUGGUCAAGCGUCAGGCUCAGUCUCCGUCCGGUGUGUCCAGCGAAGUCGAGGUCCUCAAAGCGCUCAAGUCCCUGUUUGAACACCACAAGGCUCUAGAUGAAAAGGUCAGAGAGAGAUUGCGGGUGUCACUAGAGAGAGUCUCAGCCUUGGAGGAGGAGUUAACAGCUGCCAAUCAAGAGAUCGUAGCCUUACGGGAGCAGAAUGCCCACAUCCGCACUAAGGUGGCAUCAGGGGACGGGGGAGAGGACCUGCUGGAGGGCACAGAUGCUGGGCAGAAGGUGCAUGGCAAGCGCCUGUCCAACGGCUCGAUGGAGUCGGCGGACGAGGCCGGCCAGGUGGUGGAGCUGCAGGAGCUGCUGGAGAAGCAGAACUACGAGCUGGCGCAGAUGAAGGAGCGCAUGUCCUCGCUGUCCUCGCGCGUCUCCGAGGUGGAGCAGGAGCUGGAGACGGCCCGCAAGGACCUCAUCAAGUCCGAGGAGAUGUGCAACAAGUACCAGCGCGACAUCAAGGAGGCGAUGUGCCAGAAAGAGGACAUGGAGGAGCGCAUCGUGACGCUGGAGAAGCGCUACCUGAGCGCCCAGCGCGAGUCCACCUCCCUCCACGACAUCAGCGACAAGCUGGAGAACGAGCUGGCCAAUAAGGAGGCUUUCCUCAGACAGAUGGAGGAGAAGAACAGACAGCUGCAGGAACGUCUGGAGCUUGCGGAACAGAAGCUGCAACAGACCAUAAGGAAAGCAGAGACACUACCUGAGGUGGAGGCUGAACUCGCACAGAGGAUAGCAGCACUCACCAAGGCGGAGGAGCGCCACGACAGCAUAGAGGAGAGGAUGAGGCACCUGGAGGGUCAGCUGGAGGAGAAGAACCAGGAGCUGCUGAGAGCUCGUCAGAGGGAAAAGAUGAACGAAGAACACAACAAGCGUCUGUCAGACACGGUGGACCGGCUCCUCACCGAAUCCAACGAGCGGCUGCAGCUGCACCUGAAGGAGAGGAUGGCUGCCCUGGAGGACAAGAACGUUUUGAUACAGGACUCGGAGAGCUACCGGAAACAGCUGGAAGACUCCAUCCAUGAAAAAUCUCACCUGGCAGAGGAGAUCGACAAGCUGCGCUCCGAAUUGAACCAGUUCAGACAACGGGCCGGGUCCCUCACAGAUCCAACCCUGUCAAGAUCUCAUCUGGACACGUCGGCGGAGCUGCGCUUCUCGCUGGGCUCUCUGGCGGAGACGCAGUCGGAUCACUACAGGUCGGCGAAGGUCAUCCGCAGGCCGCGCCGGGGUCGCCUGGGGCUGCGGCGAGACGAGCAAAAGGCGAAGUCUCUGGGCGAGCAAGAGUGGCGUUCGCAGCAGCUGGGCAUGUUGGGCGGCCACCCGUUCGAGAGCGACACGGAGAUGUCGGACAUCGACGACGACGACCGCGAGACCCUCUUCAGCUCCAUGGACCUGCUGUCGCCCGGCGGUCACUCCGAUGCACAGACCCUCGCCAUGAUGCUGCAGGAGCAGCUGGACGCCAUCAACAAAGAGAUCCGCUUGAUCCAGGAGGAGAAGGAGUCUACGGAGUUGCGGGCGGAGGAGAUUGAGAACCGCGUGGCCAGCGUGAGCCUGGAGGGUCUGAACCUGGCGCGUGCGCACCACCCCGGCACCUCCAUCACCGCCUCGGCCACCGCCUCGUCCCUGGCCAGCUCGUCCCCGCCCAGCGGGCACUCCACGCCCAAGCUCACGCCGCGCUCGCCCGCCCGAGACAUGGAGCGCAUGGGCGUCAUGACACUGCCUAGUGACCUGAGGAAACACAGGAGAAAGAUCGCAGCAGUGGAUGAGGACGGGCGAGAGGACAAAGCCACCAUCAGGUGUGAGACGUCCCCUCCCCCCACGCCUCGGCAGGUCCGCAUGACACACACCUUACCUGCCUCUUCGCACAAUGACGCCCGCCUGGGUCUGGAGGCGGACGCGAGUGCCUUGAGUAGCGUAGCCAGCAGUCAGGACUCGCUCCACAAGCAGCCCAAGAAGAAGGGCAUCAAGUCCUCCAUCGGCCGCCUCUUCGGCAAGAAGGAGAAAGGUCGUCUGGGUCAACUGGGCAAGGAGAUGAUGGGCCCAGGACAAGGAAAUUUCUCUGACCCAGAAUUGGUUGGCCAAGACAUGGGCGUGGGGAAGCUGGGCACUCAAGCGGAGAAGGACCGGCGGCUGAAAAAGAAGCAUGAGUUGCUGGAGGAGGCCAGAAGAAAAGGCUUACCCUUCGCCCAAUGGGACGGGCCCACAGUAGUGGCUUGGCUGGAGCUGUGGCUGGGCAUGCCCGCCUGGUACGUGGCGGCGUGCCGUGCCAACGUGAAGAGCGGCGCCAUCAUGUCGGCGCUGUCGGACACGGAGAUCCAGCGGGAGAUCGGCAUCAGCAACCCGCUGCACCGGCUCAAGCUGCGGCUGGCCAUCCAGGAGAUGGUGUCCCUGACCAGCCCCUCAGCACCGCCCACCUCCAGAACCCCGUCAGGCAAUGUUUGGGUGACCCACGAGGAAAUGGAGACCCUUGCUGCACCUUCCAAAACGAAGGAUUCAGAGGAAGGAAGCUGGUCACAGACGUUAGCGUACGGAGACAUGAACCACGAGUGGAUCGGGAACGAGUGGCUGCCCAGCCUGGGUCUGCCCCAGUACCGCAGCUACUUCAUGGAGUGUCUGGUGGACGCCCGCAUGCUGGACCACCUCACCAAGAAGGACCUGCGGGUGCACCUGAAGAUGGUCGACAGCUUUCACAGGACGAGUCUUCAGUACGGCAUCAUGGGUCUGAAGAAGCUCAACUACGACCGGAAGGAGCUGGAGAGGCGCAGGGAGAUCAGCCAGCAUGAGAUGAGAGACGUGCUGGUGUGGAGCAACGAGAGGGUGAUCCGUUGGGUCCAGAGCAUCGGGCUGAGGGACUACGCCAACAUCCUCCUAGAGAGUGGUGUCCACGGAGGCCUCGUCGCCCUCGACGACAACUUUGACUACAGCAGUCUGGCACUGCUCCUCCAGAUCCCCAACCAAAAUACUCAGGCACGUCAGAUUCUGGAGAGAGAGUACAACAACCUGCUGGCACUGGGGACAGAGAGGAGGCUGGACGAGGGUGAUGACCAGGACUACCGCGGGGCGUCGUGGCGGAGGCAGUUCCCCCCGCGGGACAUCCACGGCAUCAGCAUGAUGCCCGGCUCGGCCGAGACGCUGCCCGCCGGCUUCCGCCUCACCACCACCUCCGGACACUCCCGCAGGAUGCCCCCCGAAGUCGGCCCUUCAGCAGUGCAGCGGCUGGAUGCCUCCACUGUGAGGACCUACUCCUGCUGAAACUCUGGACCACAGAGGGACUCCAAGUUGUGGGUUUGAACCUUCAACGUAAAGUCUCACCUCGAUGCCAAUGGCCAGGCCAACCAGCCAAGAGAGACAAAAUAUUAAAUUCUGAUUUAUGUGACGCACUGCCAAGAAGCACCCUCUUUCUUCACGGAGAGGACUGCAUAUGGGGGAUGGGAGGGCUCUGACGAGGAGGAGGAAGGGGGGCAGCUAGUCCCCUUACCCACCCUCCACCCCAUCCUGCACUUACAAGCCAAGUCCACCCUCCAGGGGCGCCAGACGCCGGUGCUGAUCGAUGACCUGCAGGCCAUUCUGAUCGCCGUUUCUACCUUUUACAUGUACCAUAUCUUGUUGAGCAUAUGUACUGUGUAUUUCUUCUACAGGAGAUGUGUAGGUUAUCUGUAAAUUAAUAUAAAUAUGCUGUUUUUUAAUAUAAAAUAUACAUAUAAAAUAUAUAUAUACACACGCGUCUAUAUGAAAAAGAAAGAAAAAAGUGAUCAAACAUACUCAGAGUUUGUGCAAAUAACGUUCCUAAUGUUAUGGUUUUCGAAGAACAAAGAGAAGAAAAAAAUAUGCUGCUCUUUCAAUGUUUCUCCUGUCCCAGAUCAAGAUCAUUUUGUAAAAUGUACUUUGUUUUUUUAUUUGAGUUAUCUCCCCUCCUUCCCCACCCCCACCCCAUCUAGAGUACAUUAGAACCUGGGGACAGACUCUUCUCUAGAACCGGUCACUCUAACCGGUCACUCUACUCUCUGUCCAAACUCUAUGAACACUUGUACAGUUCCUCCUAUUGUGUCUGAGGCAAACCCAAAUUUGUUGAGAACCAGGUUCCAGGUCCUGCGAGUCCCUAGAGACGGACAUUUGAAGAAAAAGACCACAGCGGAGGAACAAGGGCCGAGAUUACAAGCCCUUUCGGCACCCUAAGACCACAAGCAUCCUGACCCAACCAGAACGAGAAACACUCAACACCUGAACUAGACUACACCGCACCACAGCCAAUGUCUCAACCGUAUUUCAGAGAAAAUAUCUACACGUCCACAGCAAGUCACCUUCAACUGUAAACAAACUCCCAGACCACCAGGCCCCUCGCUGUACUGGAGUUCAACCUGCCAAAACUCAACCGGAGCCGACAGAAAGGACUUCUCUUUUUUUUAUUUAUUUAAAAAAAUAAAAUAAAAAAUGGACAGACUGCUUAGCUCAUAGUGAACGUAGAGUGUGUAAUAAUCAAGAGAAAAAAAAAGAUGUUUGAAAAAUAUACGUCAAAGUCCAGAUCCAGAUUUUAAAGACAUAAAAAAAACCUGUUGCUUGCUGUGACUAACUUAAGUGUAACUGUUGACUCUUUGGUUUCUGUAGGAGUCGCCAGGGGUCCCCCGUCUUUUACUGACCCCCCUGAUCCCGUCUUUCUGUUUUUUUUAGUUCCACCCUUGAGUGCAGCUUGGCCCUGGCCUUACAUAGCCUUGUUCUGCACGAACAGAGAAAACGAAAACAAAUACACAAAAAAGAAAUACAAAACGUUUUAUUUUGUGUCCAUUUUUCUUUUUUUAUUUAUUACUGAUUGUAUUUUGGUCAAAACUAUGUGGUGAUCAAACUGAAUUUUCUUUGUCAAUAAAAAGUAAUGUCGAAUUAAA